AUGCCUGCCUCUUCCCCGGAUGCGCAAAGCGAUUCAGCCGGUCAGACGAGCUCACCAGGCACUCGCGCAUCCACUCCAACCCCAGGAAGCCCGGCAAGCAUCACCACCACCACUCCCACCACCACCACCACCAGCCGGCUCCUCCGUCUGCUGCUGCUGCUGCUGCUGCUCCCGCUACAAUGCUCGAUGGCAAGGCGAGGGUCAGCUCCCGUCAGCCAGGCGGUCUCUCCCAACGUCUCGCCGCCUCACUCCUACGCUGUCCCCUAUGCGGCUCACUCGCCCUCCGCGCUCAACCCUUACGCCAGGCCAGUCACCGUCUCGGCGCCCGCCUCGGCUGCCUCCACCAUGGACAUCAACAUGCUGGCCUCGGCCGCCAGCCAGGUCGAGCGAGACCACCAGCUCGCUCCCUCUCCCACCACCGCCACCACCACCACCACCACCACCACCACGAACAACUCUACGUACAGACACCGGACAGCGUACAACCACUAUCCUCCUGCCCUGACUCCCGCAACUGUAACUACCGCCACCAGCAGCUCUCCAACUCAGAUACAAAUACCCCCUGUGCCGGGCCUCCCCCAGGCGCCAGCCAGACUGCCCUCGCUCUCCGCCUACGCCAUCUCCAUGACCCGCUCCCACUCGGACGAAGAGCAUCACCAUCACCACCAUCACCAGCACCAGCACCACGAACACCAACACCAAGACCCCCACCACCAUCACCACAGCAGCAACGGCCACAGUCACAGCCAUAACCACAACCACUACGCCUACAGGACAAAACGGUCUCGUCCGUCUUCGCCCAACUCAACGGCUCCUUCGUCUCCUACGCUCUCUCAUUCUUCUCUCUCGCCUACGCCAGACCACACCCCGCUGGCCACCCCCGCCCACUCGCCCAGGCUACGGCCGUACUCCUAUGUCUCGCCGGACCUCCAGCUGCCCUCCAUCAGACAGCUGAGUCUGGCUGCUCAUGCUCCGGCUCCUGCCCUGGCGCCCAUGGAGCCUCAUACAGACACCUCUUCCUCUCACUCCACCCUCACCCACUCCACUUACUCUGCUCCCGUAACGCCUGCAGCCACAGCCACCGUUACUCCUCCUCCGCUGGGGGCCGGUGUCAAGGGGCCGUCGAUAAGUGACAUUAUGCACCGUGCGGACGGGACGCAGCGGAAACUGCCUGUCCCCCAGGUCCCCAAGGUAGCCAUCCAGGAAGUCCCUCUAGACCUGGACAGAUAUUAA